GCGUUGCCAGGCUUUUGCUAGACGGCUCCCCUCGCGAGAUGAGUCCGAACCUAGCCCAGGGGAUGUUUCCUAACUUUCCACCAUUCUCUCCAUCGGCUUGUAACCGUUAUAGGAAGUCAUCUACCGGGGAACGCAGUUAACAACUGAGCGACGUUUCUCCCGGUUCAAAGUUGAAAUGAAAGCUGUAAUUCUCGCCGCCGGGUACGGAACCAGGCUCCAGAGGGAUGUGGUGGCUGACAGCAGCGGGAGGUUCGCUCACCUGGCCGGCACUGCAAAGCCGCUGCUGCCGGUGGGUCGGUGUGCGCUGAUAUCCCACUGGGCGCAUGCUCUGAGCGGCUCUGGCUGCGUGGACUGCAUUUAUGUUGUUACUAACGCUCUUUACCAUGCUGCAUUUGAAGAGUGGGCAUCACAUUUCACAAAUGUCAAGAUUCUCAGCGAUCAGACGAGAAGCAAUGAUGGACGUCUUGGUGCUGUGGCCUGCCUGCAACUUGCAGUAAAGCACUUCAAGAUAGAAGACCAUGUCUUAGUAAUUGGGGGUGACACCCUCUUCAAAGAAGAUUUUAGCCUCAGUAAAGUAAAAGAGAGGUUUUUUGACCUCCAAGCAAAGUGUGAGGACAGCUGUCUGCUGCUCUCGUACCAGUGCAAAGACGAGGAAACUCCUAAAUAUGGGAUAUUGGAGGUAGACCAUGAUCUUCGCGUGCUCUGCAUGAAGGAGAAACCUCUUCCCUCUGAGACAAAGUCGAGGAGAGCAUGUCCCUGUUUUUAUGUGUUUUCAAAGAAGAGCCUUCCUCUGUUGGAUACCUUCAUCGAGGAAAAGAAGGCGGCUCCUAUUGAUGAGAAAGAUGCCCCAGGAAACUUUGUGUCUUGGCUCAUACCAAGGAAGCCAGUAUAUAUUCAUCAGAUUUCUGGACGUUUCGAUGUUGGAAACUUGCCUUCCUACAUUGAAUGCGACGUUUACUUCAGAGAAAAGCUUCAAGAUGUCGAGUCUUACAUGGUGUAGAGGAAACAGGAAAUUCCAUUUAUUAUGCCAUGUUAAAAAAUUACCCAAAAAAGGAAAAAAAAAUUGAAAUCUUGGCCUGCUUAAACAAUCUGUCGCAUUAAAUCAAGAAUUCUAACUGUAAAUAUGCAUUCAAAUAUUUGUAUGUAAUUUUAUAAUGAAUAUUUUCUAUUAAAAUGAUUUUUAUAUUCUUUC